AUGGACUAUGAAGACGAUUUUAGUUGGGGUGUCGAUCCCGAUGUGAAUCCACAAGAGCAUCAGGACUUGCUCGUUGUGCGUUUUCUCAUUGAAAAUGGCUAUAUCCCAGCGCACUUUGAUGGUGCUCCACCGCCAGCAUCUAAGGAAGAAGUUGCACGAUUGGAAGAGCGCAAAGUGAAAAUAAACCGAUCAAGCCCGGAAAAAAAUUCCGAAAAAUGUAUGAUUUGCUUAAAGCUGGAUCCUGCCGAGCCCGACGAUGAAGACGAUGAUGUUAAAGACGACGGUUUGAAUCAAACUGACAAGGAUGGAUUUUAUGAGAAGGUUUUCAAAGUUAUGCCCUGCAGCCGCAGCCACGCAUUCCACAGCGAGUGUAUUUUGCCAUGGCUUGAGAAGACCAACUCAUGCCCAUUGUGCCGUCACGAGCUUAAAACUGAUGAUCCAGACUAUGAAAGACAAAGAGCAGAACGGGCUCGGGCGAAACAAAGAGAACAAGAUUUAGAAACACUUCAUAAUUCCAUGUUCGGUUGA